GACUUCAAGCAGAAGGUGCCUCAGGUGUAUGCUGCUAGGGGAAGAGUACUGAAGAUUGUGAGAGAGGUCCUCAAAGACCAUGCUGUCCAAGAGGAGCAAAUAGAGGAAAUUCUGCAGUUGACAGAGGUGGCAAUUAAGAAGGUGCUUGAGAACUAUGUCCCGAUGCCUGACUGGGCUCUGGAAGCCAUAGGUGCCAGCAUCGAUGAGGAGAGGACAUCCAAGAGUUACGGUGGGGAAGGCAUGAUGACCUGGCUGCUUUCUCGAUUCACCUUCUUAUUUGCAAACCCUCCAGUGACAAUCUUGCAGCCCAGUGUUACCCCUGGCAACUGCUGGCCUUUCCAUGGAUCUCAGGGCCAUGUGGUCAUCCGGCUGCCUGUGCACAUCUGGCCAACAGCUUUCACCGUCUGGCACAUCUCCGAGGCAGUGUCUCCCUCUGGGGAAGUCAGCAGCGCCCCCAGAGAGUUUACUGUCUUUGGAGUGGAUGAGGCAAUGGCAGAAACUCUCUUGGGAACAUUUACCUACGACGUGCACAAGGGGAUCGCUCAGACGUUCCAUGUGCAGAAGGAGCUUCCCGGGACCUUUCGUUACAUCAAAUUCCAGGUGCAGAGCAACUGGGGAAAUCCAGAGUACACGUGUGUGUACCGAGUACAGGGUCCAAAACUCAAUGCUAUCAGGACUGCUAUAACCGGCCCUAUCAGGGUAGAUAUUAAGGAGGCAAGCCACGGUGAAUCGGUGAACCAGGAUGUGAACCAAUUCUGUUCCGCCUCUCGUUCCCUUUUUCGUUUUUCUAGUCUCUCCCGUAGUUUGGCCAUAGUAUCUCUCACUAUGCCAGUGUGA